GUAUCUCAGGUGUGGCAUAGCGAAGCUCGCCUUCACACUGCCACGUGGACUCUUAUAAUUGGUAUGUGAUUUUCUCACUUCCAAUUCUACCCCUACUUUACCUCAACGGAAUUAUUCAUUCAGCGACGUAGUAGCAAACUUUGUUAUUGAUUUUGGAGACCGAGGGAGGGUGGCCGUUACUUAUAUCUCUGUGUGAUCACCGGAACCUCUCUCUCAUCGCACCGGAAAACAUUUUGAUACUCUCGUGGCCGGCGAGAAACGAUGGUGAAUCCCUUAGUUGAACGUGCCACAAGCAGCAUGCUUGUGGGACCUGAUUGGGCUUUGAACAUGGAGAUCUGUGACAUACUCAAUCGCGACCCUGGUUUAUGGGAAGAAGCGGCAGAUCUCUUUUUGUUCGUUGUUUAUGUUUCUAUGCAUUUCUGAGUUUCCACAGUUUGGAACUGGAAUUUUCUUUUUUUAACGGGUGUUGGUCUGAAGUAGUUCGGAACGGGGUAUAUAUCAAUUUUGCUCUUGAUGACGAAUGGCUUCACGAGGGUUGGACACGGCACUGCACAGCGAAGGCAAACAAAGGAUGUUGUUAAAGGUAUAAAGAAGCGGCUUGGAAGUAAAGUUCCUAGAGUUCAAAUAAGUGCAUUAACUCUGCUGGAGACAAUAAUUAAGAAUUGUGGAGACAUUAUUCACAUGCAUGUUGCCGAGAGAGAUGUUCUUCAUGAGAUGGUUAAAAUAGCGAAGAAAAAGACCAAUUAUCAUGUCCGAGAGAAGAUAUUGGCUCUUAUAGAUAGUUGGCAAGAGGCUUUUGGAGGGCCAAGAUCAAGAUAUCCACAGUAUUAUGCAGCAUACCAGGAGCUUGUGCGUGCUGGGGCAGUAUUCCCCCAUAGGUCUGAGCGAUCUGCACCUGUAUUCACACCUCUACAAACACAACCAUUGUCAUCAUACCCUCAAAAUAUACGAGAUACUUUUGCUCAACAAGACACAGCUGAGUCCUCUGCAGAUUCUGAGUUUCCAGCCCUAAGUUUGUCAGAAAUUCAAAAUGCACGUGGUAUUAUGGAUGUUCUAGCAGAAAUGCUCAAUGCAUUGGACCCUGGUAACAAAGAAGGUCUUCAGCAGGAAGUUAUUGUUGAUUUAGUGGAGCAAUGUCGAACAUACAAACAGAGAGUGGUACACCUUGUUAAUUCAACUUCGGACGAAUCAUUGCUAUGCCAAGGCCUAUCGCUGAAUGAUGAUCUUCAGCGUGUCCUGGCCAAGCAUGAAUCCAUUGCUUCAGGAACUUCUGCUGCAGGAACUUCUACUUCAGGAACUUCUGCUUCAGGAACUCCUGCUCAAAAUCAUACUGAGAAUCUGAAGACUGCACCUACUGGAGCAGUUGCAGAUUUUGGUCCUUUGGUUGAUUUUGGAGAUUCCAGUAAACAGACGGAUGGAAGGUCGUCUGCUAAUGCUGAAACUGGGUCUCAAUCGUUGAACCAGUUACUGCUUCCAGCGCCCCCAACAUCAAAUGAAUCAGCUCCCCCGGCGAAGGUUGAUCCUAAAGUGGACCUGCUCAGUGGUGACGACUAUAACUCACCAAAAGCAGAGACUUCACUUGCUCUCGUCCCUUUAGGCGAACAGCCGCCAGCCAGCCCCAGCCCUAGCCCUAUGUCUCAACAGAAUGCCCUUGUUCUUUUUGAUAUGUUUUCUAAUGGAAGCAAUAAUCUCCAGCCAAUUAAUGUUGCCGGUCAAACCAGUCCAUUUUCUCCUCAAUGUCAACAGCAGCAGACUUUCAUAUCUCAAGGGCUGUUUUACCCCAAUGGAGGUGGGCCAAAUGUUGGAUCGCCUCGGUUUGAGCAAUCACCUUAUAUGCAGAGCACAGGUCCUUCUUGGAAUGGUCAGGUUGCGCAGCAGCAACAGUCUCCUUCUCCAGUUCACGGUACACCAAAUGGUGGAUCAUUUCCGCCACCUCCGUGGGAAGCACAACCCACAGACAAUGAUAGUCCAGUAGUAGUAGGCAGUCAAUACCCACAACAACCAAUGCAAGUGACUCAAGUGGUAAUGACCCAUAUACAUAGUGCUGCACAUCCUCAGGGACCUCAAGCUGCUGCGCAUGACCAGGCUGUUGGAAUGUAUAUGCAGCCAAAUGCUAGCCAUAUCUCAACAAUCAACAACAAUGUUCAAAGUAAUCAAUCAGGCUUAUACCCGCAGCAUAUUCAGGGUGUUCCCAGUCCUUACAUGGGUAUGGGUAUGGGUAUGGCUUCACAUCCAAUGCAUUCCAUGUAUCCUCAACAAAUGUAUGGCAACCAAUUCGUAGGAUAUGGCUAUGGUCAGCAACCAGCGGUUCAAUUUGUUGAGCAGCAAAUGUAUGGUUUAUCAAUGAGAGAUGAUGGUGCUCUGAGAAAUUCUUACCAGGUUUCUUCUACAUCCUAUGUGCCACCUGGGAAGCCUUCCAAACCAGAGGAUAAUUUAUUUGGGGACCUUGUUAACAUGGCAAAAGUGAAACCAAAACCUACUGGUGGCAUGUAAAACUGUAAUGGGGUUUGCAUUGUUCACUUGUUUGCUAUAAAUCUUUUCUCCUUUUUCUUAAUUUUUUCAUUUUCUUUUACAUAAAUAUAAUAAUAUAUGUACAUAAUACAUUAUUUAAUUUGUUAUAGUCUCAUAGUGUUCAUUGUCUGGCAAUUGG